AUGAAAAUGAGAGUGCGCAAGUUACGAAUCCUAGUAGGAGUCGGUGCUAUAUUCUUAGUGACUUUUAUGUUUGUGGCGGUCGGCCGGCUCGAUGGGUCGAAUCAAUUGGAUCGCGUCACCCGCGACUUACAUCAAGGAGGUGAAUUCACAAAAACUGUUACUCCAAGCGACAGUAAAAUAACCGUCGAAGAGAAACGCUUAAAAGUUGUUGAGAUGAUGCGUCACGCGUGGAAUAACUACAAGCUUUACGCGUGGGGUAAAAACGAGUUGAAGCCGAUCUCGAAACGCGCUCAUCUCACGAGCGUCUUCGGCGGUGGAGACAUGGGCGCCACGAUUGUGGACGGUCUGGACACCCUCUACAUCAUGGGGCUUAUGGACGAAUUCCGAGAGGGACGAGAUUGGAUCUCGGAACACUUCCGCAUCGGAGACAUCGAUUCUGAUCUAUCCGUAUUCGAAACGACGAUUCGUUUCGUUGGCGGUUUACUGUCCUGCUACGCGCUAACUGGCGACAGUAUGUUCCGAGACAAGGCUGCUGAGGUAGCAGAUGCGUUACUACCCGCUUUUGACACGCCAACUGGCUUACCUUGUGCUCUCAUCAACCCUAGUAACAAGGCGAGCCGACAAUAUCACUGGGCGGGUUCUAACAGCAUCCUAUCCGAAGUGGGGACUUUGCAUCUUGAGUUUACGUACCUGAGUGAUGUCACAGGCAAAAAAGUUUACAGGGACAAAGCGAAACGCAUCCGCGAAGUGCUCCACAAUAUACAGAAACCGGACGGCCUGUAUCCUAACUAUAUCAACCCGAAGAGUGGACAAUGGGGACAAAGGCAUAUGUCACUGGGUGCACUGGGCGAUUCCUUCUACGAGUACCUGCUAAAAUCCUGGCUUGUCUCCAACAACGAGGAUGAAGAAGCGCGUGUAAUGUUCGAUGAGGCUAUGCAAGCUGCACUGGACAAGAUGCUGCGGGUAUCAACUACGGGGCUUGCUUAUCUUGCCGAGUUGAAAUACGGCAGGAUAUUCGAAGAGAAGAUGGACCACUUGUCGUGCUUCGCCGGUGGUAUGUUUGCGAUGGCAUCGACAAGUCUCAAGAACUCCCUCUCCAAGCGAUACAUGGACGUCGCCCGCAAUCUGACGCACACCUGUCACGAAAGCUACGACAGAUCUGACACUAAAUUGGGCCCGGAAGCGUUCAGGUUCUCCGGUGCUGUGGAGGCUCGUGCAAUGAAGAGCAAUGAGAAAAUGUACCUUUUGCGGCCCGAGACGUUCGAGAGUUACUUCAUCAUGUGGCGGCUGACCAAGGAGCAGAAGUACCGUGACUGGGCUUGGGAAGCAGUUCAGGCUUUGGAGAAGCACUGUCGAGUGGAGGGCGGUUACACGGGCAUUUCGAAUGUGUACCACGGGACACCUGUCGGCGACGAUGUUCAACAGAGCUUUUUCUUAGCUGAAACUCUGAAGUACCUGUACCUGAUUUUCUCAGAUGACUCCCUACUGUCCAUGGACGAGUGGGUGUUCAACACGGAAGCUCAUCCACUGCCUGUUAAAGACAAAAACCCUCUGUAUCGGCUCGCUUACAAAUCUAUAGACAACAACAGCGUCUAA